CCUUACACUGUCAAAAAUUGAAGUUGAGUUGACUGUUGGUUGAUUGAAGCAAGAAACUUAAAAAGUUCGUUUGGUUCGAUAAAAACUUUGUUUUUGAUGGCGGUUUAUAUUUAUAACAUGUGUUCUUGUUCUAGUGUUGUUGCAAUAAGCCGAAGAGAAUAAGUACAUAUUUAGUUACUAAUACAAAACAUAAACGUGUUUAACAUGGCUAAAUGGAAAUUAACUCGACAAAAUUUUGGAACUGAAGAGUUCACAGUCUCGGAAGGCGAUAAUGUAACCUUAGGCAGGGGAAUAAAUAAUAUUAUAACUCUUUCAAGCGCAGUUAUAUCCAGGAAUCACUGCGUUAUACAAGUUCAAAAUAAUCGCGGAAUCAUUACAGACUUAAAGAGUUCAAAUGGAGUAUAUGUUGGAACCACUAAGAUACCGCCGAAUACUCCAUAUGUCAUACAAGAUUCAGAUAUCAUUGGUUUGGGUUGGACUGUUGGAGCACCCCUUGUUAACAUAAAUGAUAGUGAGAAAUAUGUCUUCAAAUUUAUCAAAGAAAAUUGUUCCUUACCUAUUACAAAAAAAUUGAAAUUUCAAAGUGAGAAUGAACUUGAUGAAAUUGAAUCUAAAAUUGCUAAAUUAGAUGGAAAUGAGAACAAUAUUCAGACUGCUCAGUCUAAAAACAAUAAAUCUCCAGUUCUAAAUGCUAAAGCACCACUAAAGAGAAAAAUAGAUCAAAUAAAUGUGAAAGAAGAGCCCAAAAGUGAUGAUAAUAUCGUGCAUAUUGUUUUAUCUGACAGUGAUAGUGAAACUCGUGCCAAACCACUUGAAACUGGGGCUAAGAAAACAAAACUUGAACCUAUAAGUGAAGAACAGCUGAAACCAUUACUAAAAGAUAUAGAUAUCAAGCAUGAAAAUGAAAUGGAAUUUGAUGCAUUUAAUGUAAAACAAGAAUAUCUGGGAUAUGAUGAACCAAUUUCAAUUGAUAGCGACAGUGAUAGUGAAUCUGAACAAUGGUUGAUGCGUCUUUCACAGAGCAGUCCUGGAAAGCCUUUCUUGAAAAUGGCAAAAAGCCCUAAAGUAGAAAAUACUCAAGAAGACAGCUCUUACAGCCAACUGGAUGAUUUUGUUUGUAUGAGUAAUUUGGAUUUUGAAGAAAAUGAUGAUAAAGAUGAUGAUUUCGUUGAUGAUUUAAUUUCAUUAAAUUUGCCACCACCAGAUGAUGCAAUUAAUAAAGUACGUGAUAUAACAAAAGGUCCACAGGCUGAUGAUAAUGAAUCUGAUGAAUUGUUUGAACAUAUAAUUUCUAACAAACAGCCGAUAAAAGACAAGGAUGAAAUAGACGGAUACAGUAUGGAAGAGGUAUUGAAAGAAGCAGAUAUGCUUUUAAAAUCACCCAUACGAGAUUCAGUAAAGAAGGCACAAUUAAUAGAACCCAUUGCUCAUGGAACAAAACAUAAAUCAAACCAGAUCAAAAUAAUAGAAAUCAAACCAAAAAGUUCUUCUUCAUCAAGGCAUCAUAAAGACAAAUCUUCAUCAAAACGACACAUUUCCAACUCCCAAAAGGAAGAGCGUAAGAGAAAGCUGAAGGAAAUAGCUUGCAAGGAGAAAGAAACUGAAUCAAUAGAGAAUAGAGAUUCUUCAACAAGCAACAAACCAAUCUCCACAAAUGUGAAGAUAACUACCACUAACCGUGGAGCAUUCUUAACAGAUGUCGCACAAGCUAUUGUAAAUCCAAUAAAAAGAAAAGAACAUGUUCCCAAAGGGAAACAAAAAGAUGGAGAAACCUCGCCGCAAUCAAAAGAGGCAAAAGGCAAAGAUGGAGAUGUAAAUGAAGAUCUUGAAAACAAGAGAAAGGCACCAGAGAAAACACUCAAAGACAAAAGUAAAAGUUCAAAGCAUAAAAGUCAUAGUAAAACCGAAAUCAUACAAGAUAAAGUUACUCCAAAGCCUAUGGAAACGGAAAAAAGGUUGCCCUUGAAAAUUAUAAAACCAUUAACAGAUGGUGAAUAUUUUUCUGGCAAGCCAGUGUCCAAAGUAGGCCCUCUGAAAAACGAACAACAGAAGAAGGUGGUGCGAUUUUCCGAAGUACCACCGCAAGUCUUAGUGUUUGAAAUUGAACCUGGCAAUAGAAUGAAGAAGACCAGUUUGGUGAAAACAAUGGUAGACGUGCGACAGGCGCCAGUGUUUUCAUUAGAAAAAUUGACUUUAAUGAAAAUACUACGAUGGAAUCCGCAGUGGUUUGAGGAACAAUUAAAUAAUACUGAGCCUCCUCCCAUACUGGGACAUAAUAAUCCGCCGAUGUCUGUUUUCCACUCAUUCGUGAAUCAUAAUCAAUAUGUACAAUUGAUAGGAGAUUUACUUCUAAUGGAGAUUUGGGAAUACUUAACGUUAGCAUAUAUGAAGAUACGUAAUGAGAACAAUGGAAUAGAAUUGAGAAUAGAGUCGCUGCCGCCUAUACCUUCACACGAAAGAUGCCUUGAAUUAUUUAGCCUUAGUGUUAAUGUUUCUGUCCCUGAAAGGGGAUCCAAAACGCUUCCUAGAGUGGGAGAAGUACUUCUGGUAAGUUUUGGACCAGAACAUGCCAAAAAUCAACGGUUUUUCUAUGUACACAAUGUCAGAUGUCUUCCAUCACCUCCAAGUAACAGGCACGCAUUUUACAGUAUAUCUCUACACGCUACCUACACUGAUAAAAUGCGUACAUUGAAACCGGGGGAGUUAAUGAUAGGGAGAAACUUAGCUUACAUUAAUAAGGAGUUGCAGUUGUUUGAAGCCAUGGAAUAUUUGGCGGGAUCGCCGCUCAGUGACGCUAUACUCAGACCAGAACCACACCAUUUUGUAAUGAGUCAGCAAGUUCAGUCUUUUGAUAUGCAAUCGCAGUGGACAAGAACGCUAAACCCUAGUCAGUUGAUGGCUGUGAGUUCCUCCGUGGCGGCGGCACUGGGUGACAAACCUUCUAUACAAAUGGUUCAAGGUCCUCCUGGCACCGGGAAAUCAAGUGUGAUAUGCGCGAUCGUGAUGACUUACUUCUACAACGCGCAAGUGAAGAAACAACAGAACAGGGGCAAAAUAUUAAUAUGUGCGACGAGUAACGCCGCUGUGGACGGUCUAGUCAUUAGAUUACUGAAUCUCAGACAAAGUUUACCAAAGUCGGAAAGGUUCCGCAUGGUCCGCGUAGGUCGCGAAGAAGCGAUGCAUCCCGAAGCCGCCAACAUCAGCUCGCAACAACUGGCCAAGCGGGACCUGGGCAGAAUCAACUCCGACCAGCCUCCCGCGCCCGCAGGACUUAACGAAGAGAUUCUACACAUAGAGGCAAAAAUAAACAUGUGGAAGACCCAAGCCCAGGACGCGAAGGACCAAUCAAGAGUGGCGUACUGCCAGGGUCGGGUCGAUGACCUCAUGAAGCGAAUGGCAUUGUUACGCACGGGCUCUGGUCGUGCGGGCGGCGCGGAGGCGGUGCGGCCGGAGCAGCUGGCGCACACGGAGCGGCGCAUCAUCGAGGGCGCCGACAUCGUCGUCACCACGCUCGCCAGCGCACAGAACUAUAAGAUGAAAGGGCUGAAGCGUCGCAUAGCGCUGUGCAUCAUCGACGAGGCGGGGCAGGUGAUGGAGCCGGAGACGCUGGUGCCGCUCACGCUGGACGUCACGCGCCUCACGCUCAUCGGCGACCCGCAGCAGCUGCCCGGCUUCAUCUGCUCACAGCGAGCGAAAAGGCAUGGUCUCAACGAGAGUUUGUUCUCUCGUCUAAGCUCUUGCACUGAGCAGUGGCCGGGUGGUAGUCCUGUAGUACUACUUAACCAACAAUAUCGUAUGCAGCCUGAUAUUGCCGACUAUCCUAGUCGAGCCUUCUACGAUGGCAGAAUAAUCAGUGUACCGCCAACCAGGCCGGAUAUCGAUAUACCAGCGUACAAUAUUAUUAGUAUAUCCAGUGGAGAUAAAGGCCAAGGCUUGUCGGGCGCGAACGAGCUGGAGGCGUGGGGCGUGUCGCGGCUGGUGGCGGCGCUGCUGCGGCGCCUGCGCGCGCGCCGCCUGCGCCUCGCCGUCAUCACGCCCUACAACGCGCACAAGGACCUCAUCAAGAGACAUCUGCGGACGCUGCAGCUCGGCGAGAAUCAGGUGGAGGUGAACACGGUGGACAGCUUCCAGGGCCAGGAGCGCGACGUGGUGGUGGUGUCGCUGGCGCGGAGCCAGGGCGUCGGCUUCCUGACGGACGCCGGCCGCAUGAACGUCAUGCUCACCCGCGCCAAGCACGCGCUGCUCGUCUGCCUCAACCCGCAUGCGCUCAUUAAAAACCAUCAGUGGAGAACUCUAGUCGAAGAUGCCCAACGAAGAAACCUGUAUAGAGAACUACCAAAUAAAAUGUGCCAGCCAAUAACGGCGGCACAGUUGCCCAGUGAUAAUAUUUUGAGUUAUAUAACACAUAAAACUCACCGUUAAUUGUUAA